UUCUUUUCUCUAUCUUUUGAAUCGAUCCGUUAACCUCUGCUUGGUUGCUGAGAAAAGUAAGGAAAAUUGUGCGAGGGCAGAAUCCGGGAACUAGGGUUUUGAUUUUGGAUUUUAGUUUAUCGCAUUUUCUCGGAAGCCAAACAGGUUUAGAUCUAUUCGACUUCGCAGUGCUAACUGACCCUGAAUGUGAAACGGCUGAAGAGAGAAUCUAAAAUUGGGUUUGAGUUUUUGUUAUUUUCCUGCAUUUUCUGGACAGGAAAACGGGUUGAUGUUUUUUGUAAUCUAUUUGAACUGAUAUUUUUAAUAUCACACGAAUUUGAAGCAGCUAAACACAGAAUUUAAAAAUCGGGUUUGAAAGUUUAUGUUCUCGUUUUCUCACACUUUCUCGGAAGCCAAAACAGGUGGAUAGGCCAGCCAUCCGAUCUAUUCGAAACGAUAGUUCUGAACUCCUUCCAAUGUGAAACUACUUAAGGGAGAAUCCAAGAAUUAGGCUGUAAAAAUUUUUGUUUUAUUUUCCUUCGUUUUCUUAUCAGCCAAACCGGUGGAUGGGUUAUUUGUUCUGUUUGAAUUGAUGACUGUUCUGAACUGACAAAUGCGAAACAGCCGCACACAGAAAAUAAGGCUUGGGGUUUUGAAUACUUUUCCUCAAUUUUCUCAGCAGCCAUACAGGAACUGAAUAGAUGGAUGGAAUCCAUGGAAACAAUGCGGGAAUCCACAGACCAGAUGGUCAGCAUCACCCUAUCCAUGUGCAGCAUUACAUGCAAGAGCAUGAUCAUGGGAUGCACCAUAUGAGCAAUGGUGGUUCUAUGGAUGAAGAUCAUGAUGAGGGCGGUAGCGGUGAGGGCAUGGAAGGGGAUGUGCAGGCUGAUCCUGGAAAUCUUGCUGAUAGUCGGGGUGCACUUACUGUUCAGCCCGGUGGCAGCGAUAAUCAGAAUCAGCUCACUCUCUCUUUCCAGGGUCAGGUUUAUGUAUUUGACUCUGUGUCACCGGAAAAGGUCCAAGCUGUUCUUCUGUUAUUGGGUGGCCGUGAAGUACCUCCAACCAUGCCUGCUUUGUCAAUAGCCGGUCAUAAUAGGGAACUACCUGGUACUCCACAACGGUACAAUGUCCCUCAUAGAUUGGCCUCACUGAUUAGAUUCCGAGAAAAGCGUAAAGAACGUAAUUUUGACAAGAAAAUUCGCUAUACGGUCCGUAAAGAGGUAGCACUUAGGAUGCAACGGAAUAAAGGUCAAUUUACAUCUUCAAAGUCCAAUCAUGAUGAUUCUGCAUCAACGACACCAGGCUGGGAGUCAAGCUGGGGUAUGGCUGGCAAUGGACCCAUAAAUCAAGAGAUUGUGUGUCGCCACUGUGGCAUCAGUGAGAAAUCUACUCCAAUGAUGCGUCGUGGACCGGAAGGGCCAAGGACACUUUGCAAUGCAUGUGGACUUAUGUGGGCAAACAAGGGUACCCUCAGGGACCUCUCAAAGGCAGCACCAGAGGCUGGACAAAGUCCUUCCUUGAACCAGACUGGAGAAAACGGAAAUUUUGAGACAGAUCAAAUGGUUCUUGGAAUGGCAGAAAAUGUUAGUGAUCAAGCGUGAUUGCCAUUUUGCUAUCAUGAACUAUAUUGAGAAGUCUGUAGGCUGAGUAAUUGGGGAUUUUCUAUGUUAUCCCCCUUUUAGAAAAGAUAGCAUCAUAAACUUUUUCUGACAUGAGACUUUUGCGCUUGGAUUGACUUUAUACUUUGCAUUAGGUUCUUGUUUUUCUCUCCUUUGACAAAUAGUGCACAACAGACCCCAUCCCCUGCUGCUGUACUUAGGUUUGGAAUAAUUUCAUACCUGUAAACUUUCUAUUUGAACUGUCUGAUACAUGGUUGCAGUUGACAAUGUCCAUAAGACUUCACUGAUAAAAA